AUGCCCCAAAAGAUGCAGACACCAGCAGAACCCGCCAAAAAGGAAGUAGGGACACCACGCCCCAGCGCAAGCGUCAUCCUCCUCUCCCCCGAAAACGAAGUGUUAUUACUACACAGAGUGCGGACAUCAUCCGUAUUUCCAGAGGCCCAUGUAUUCCCCGGCGGCAAUCUAUCCGAAUUCCACGACGGAAGUAUUCCGACGGCGGAUAGUGCCGAUCGGCAUACGGACUCGCUAGCUUAUCAGCUCGGAGCGAUCCGAGAGACGUUCGAAGAAAGCGGGAUUUUGAUUGCGCGGGAAAAGGGUGGAGAUGGGGAACUCUCGAAUGUAUCUAACGCCGAUCGGGAUAAGGCCCGAAAGUCUAUUUACAAGAAUGAAGUCCGCUUCGUCGAAUGGCUUGAGAGUGUUGGUGGAGUCGCGGAUACAGAUAAUCUCAUACCUUUUACGAGAUGGAUCACGCCGCUCGGCCGCAUGAGCCGGUUUACUACGCAGAUGUAUAUUUACAUGCUACCGCUGUCAAAUAAUAGCGGAAAUAAUACCGACCCCGCUAUAUCAACCGCGCAAUCUGAAGCCCAUGUCCCAACGCCCGACGGCGACGUCGAGAUUACGGCUGCACGUUUCGAUACCCCUAGCACUUGGCUGGAGAAACAACGACAGCGUGAAAUUAUUAUGUUCCCGCCGCAAUGUUUUUUGCUGCACUUGCUUUCGCAGUUUCUAACCGGGCCGCCGGAAGGUUCGUUAGGUUCAAGGGAAUUGGUGGAGUAUUAUAGAGCACAGAGGGAUAAGUUGAAGGACUUCCUAUCGGAAGUACCGACGGCGAAUGAACCGAGCGCGGCGGAACAUCCGACGGCUCGCAUCCCGUGGGCGGAGAAGGUGAUUAGUCCGACAGUCCUAGGUAUUCGGUCGAGUGAUAAGAGGUCUAUAUUAGCACUUGAUAAACCCGGUCCGGAGCUCAAGGGAAGUGAUAGAGGUGGUGAUUGGGAAAGAGUUGUAUUGGUGAAUUUCGCGAAAGGGGUAGCUAGAGAUGUUGAGGUUAGGGGUAGAAAGGAAGUGCUUGAAGAAGAGAGGAGAUUGGAGAAUGCAUCAAGAGAGCCGAAGCUAUGA